CAGGUGGCGGAGACUGCCGAGAAGGAACUCCUUGCAGACGUGGAGGCAGCGACGAGGAAGCACAACGAGGACGAGGUCGUGCUGAAGCAGAAACUCGACUCCCUGGCGGCGGAGCUGCCCCAGGUCCAGAGAAGGCUGGACGCGCUCAGCCUCAACCAGCAGAUGCCCGAGGCGGCCGGGGACGUGCACUCCGUGCCCGCGCCCCUGCACGGGCUCCUGGAGGCUCGACCUCGCAGCAGCUUGUCCAGGCAGAGAGCGCUGAUCAUCGGGUGCAAUUACAGCGACUCGCACGCUCCGCUGCAAGGCUGCACGAACGACGCCUGGAACGUGCACUGCCUGCUGCGGCACACGCUGGGCUACUCGGACGACCAGGUGGUCUGCCUGAUCGACGUGCCCUCGUCACCGUCUAACCGGCUUCCGACCAGGGCCAACAUACUCUCGGGCCUCCAGUGGCUCACCGCGGACGCCAGGCAGGAGGACAGCGUCGCGCUGUUCUUCAGCGGGUACGGCACGCAGCAACCCGUACACGGCGCGGACGGUGUGUACCAGGCGCUCCUGGUGCCCAGCGACUUUGCCGCGGACCUCCCCGAGGGCUUCGCCCUCCCGGACGCCAGGCGCAGAACUUGCCGCCCUCCACCUCCUCGUCUUCCUCGC